GUGACAAUGACACGGUUACUUAACUCGUACUUCGUAUCUCUAGUUUUCGGUUAACUGGCAUGUAUCGUUUUAUUUCUGAUGUCCGCUUUAUGCUAUGUGCGAUUUAAAUUUUCCCGGCAAGAUGGCGGUCUGGUCACGUGAUCACCGAUAGAAAUAAUAACUAAGUUUAAACAUGGGGGAGAUGAAAGUGAACGAUUUAGAGGAUUUCAAGGCUGACCAAAAGUACCGUAAAGUGGUAAAAUAUAUACAAAAUAAAUGGAAGCUCGUCCCAGCAUUUCUGAAAGGCAGAGGACUUGUCAAGCAACACAUCGACUCGUUUAAUUAUUUCAUCAACGUUGAGAUUAAAAAAAUUGUUAAAGCCAACGAGAAAGUGAUUAGCGACGCAGAUCCAUUAUUUUAUGUGAAGUAUUUAAAUGUGUACAUUGGUUCUCCGGAUGUUGAGGAAAGUUUCAAUGUAACUCGUUCCACCACACCGCACGAAUGUCGCUUAAGAGAUUUAAAUUAUUCUGCUCCGAUUACAGUAGACAUAGAAUAUACUAGGGGUCAUCAACGUAUUAUUAGAAAUAACUUAUUAAUCGGAAGGAUGCCGAUAAUGCUUAGAAGUUCUAAUUGUGUUUUGACUGGAAAAUCGCAUUUCGAGCUGGCAAAGAUGAACGAAUGCCCACACGAUCCAGGUGGUUACUUUGUUGUAAAUGGUCAAGAGAAAGUAAUUCUCAUUCAAGAACAGUUGUUGAGAAAUAGAGUUAUUUUGGAAGAUGACAGUAAGGGAUGUAUCAUCGCUUCCUGUAACAGUUCAACGCAUGAACGAAAGACUAAAACUAACGUAGUAGGUAGAGCUGGGAAAUAUUACCUGAGGCAUAAUAUCUUCCAAGAUGAUAUUCCAAUAACUCUACUAUUUAAAGCCAUGGGUAUUGUAAGCGAUCAAGAAAUAAUGCAGCUCAUCGGAACCGAAGAGGAAUUUAUGAAAAAAUUCUUACCUACGUUAGAAGAAUGUCAUGUAUUGUGCGUUUUUACUCAAAAUCAAGCAUUAAGGUACCUAAGUAACAAACGGAAACAAAAAAGAUUUACAGUAGCCAAGUCAAGUGUUAUCGACGAAAUGAAGGACACUCUAGCUUCCAACAUUUUGUCACACGUUCCAGUUGUUGACUGUAAUUUCAAAAUGAAAGCCACUUACAUCGCACUAAUGAUCAGAAGAGUCAUGCAAGUCCAGCGUGAUGGAAAAUUGGUGGACGAUAGGGAUUACUAUGGGAACAAACGACUGGAAUUAGCUGGAUCUCUUCUUUCGCUGAUGUUCGAAGACUUAUUCAAAAGAUUUAACUGGGAGUUGAAGCAGAUUGCAGAUAAGAAUAUACCAAAGAUAAAGGCAGCUCAAUUUGAUAUCGUUAAACACAUGAGGCAAGAUCAAAUCACCAAUGGAUUAGCAUUCGCCAUAUCAUCUGGUAAUUGGACGAUAAAACGGUUUAAAAUGGAACGUCAUGCCGUAACUCAAGUUCUUUCCAGGCUGUCGUUCAUCUCUGCUCUUGGUAUGAUGACUCGAGUCAAUUCUCAGUUUGAGAAAACUAGAAAAGUUUCCGGUCCCAGGUCUUUGCAACCUUCACAAUGGGGAAUGCUGUGCCCCAGUGAUACUCCGGAAGGAGAGGGUUGCGGACUGGUUAAAAACUUGGCUCUUAUGACACAUAUUACAACGGAGGUGGAGGAAGAGCCCAUUAUUAGGUUAGCGUUCAACCUUGGAGUGGAAAAUGUCAAUAUCCUCGGAGGAGAAGAAAUUAAUAAGAAAGACGUUUAUAUAGUAUUUCUAAACGGCAACAUUUUAGGAAUUGUUAAGAAUUAUGUGAGGCUAAUCAACGUUUUUCGGAUGUUACGUAGAAAAGGACUUAUGAGUGGAUUUGUCUCUAUUUAUCCACAACAUCAGCAUAGAUGCGUUCAAAUUAGUUCUGAUGGUGGAAGGCUGUGCCGUCCUUACAUUAUUGUGAAAAAAGGAGAACCCCUAGUUCAAGCCGAACACAUUAAACUGUUGGAACAAGGUGUUAGAACCUUUGAAGAUUUUCUACAAGAUGGAAUGAUCGAGUACUUGGAUGUAAACGAAGAAAACGACAGUUUCAUAGCAUUCAACGAGUCACAUAUUACUUGGAAGACGACGCACUUGGAGAUCGAGCCAUUCACCCUGCUCGGAGUGUGUGCUGGUCUGGUACCGUAUCCUCACCAUAACCAAAGUCCUCGAAACACGUAUCAGUGUGCCAUGGGAAAACAGGCUAUGGGAACGAUUGGAUAUAAUCAGAGAAAUCGUAUCGACACUUUAAUGUACAACUUGGUGUAUCCACAAGCACCGAUGGUGAAGUCGAGGACCAUCGAACUCAUAAAUUUUGACAAACUACCAGCUGGUCAAAAUGCAAUCGUUGCAGUCAUGUCGUACAGUGGUUACGAUAUCGAAGAUGCACUUAUCCUGAACAAGGCUUCGAUCGAUAGAGGUUACGGCAGGUGUCUAGUGUAUCGAAAUGCCAAAUGUAUACUGAAGAGAUAUGCAAAUCAAACCUAUGAUAGAAUAAUGGGUCCUUUGAUCGAUUCUACCAACAAGAAGCCUGUCUGGAAGCACGAUAUUAUCGACAGCGAUGGAAUCGCAUCCCCUGGAGAAAUGGUUGAAAAUAGGAAGGUGAUGGUUAAUAAAUCCAUGCCAGCAGCAACUAUCAGCCCGGUAAACCCAGGUAAUGUGCAAGCUCAGACCGAGUAUCGAGAAGUCCCGGUUGUAUUUAAAGGUCCUGUACCGGCUUACGUUGAGAAAGUCAUGAUAUCAAGUAAUGCCGAGGAUGCGUUUUUAAUAAAGCUUUUGCUGCGUCAGACUAGAAGGCCAGAAAUUGGAGACAAAUUUAGUAGCCGGCAUGGUCAGAAAGGAGUGACAGGCCUAAUAGUUGAGCAAGAAGACAUGCCUUUCAAUGAUUCGGGUAUUUGUCCAGACAUGAUCAUGAAUCCUCAUGGUUUUCCAUCUCGAAUGACAGUGGGAAAGCUCAUCGAGCUACUUGCUGGCAAGGCUGGCGUCAUCAAAGGAGAGUUUCACUAUGGAACAGCUUUUGGCGGGUCUAAGGUAGAAGAUGUCUGCGAAGAAUUAGUGAAGCACGGUUAUAACUAUCUAGGCAAGGAUUGCUUCUAUUCAGGUAUUACAGGAGAACCAUUACAGGCCUACAUUUAUUCCGGUCCGGUCUAUUAUCAAAAAUUAAAGCACAUGGUUCAAGACAAGAUGCACGCUCGUGCUCGCGGACCAAGAGCUGUAUUAACUAGGCAACCGACGGAAGGUCGAUCUAAGGAAGGUGGACUAAGAUUGGGUGAAAUGGAGCGAGAUUGUCUAAUUGGUUACGGAGCCAGCAUGAUGUUGAUCGAGAGGUUAAUGAUAUCCAGCGAUGCAUUCGACGUGGAUGUCUGCAACACGUGUGGUCUAAUGGCUUACAGUGGAUGGUGCCACAGUUGUCGAUCCAGUGCCUGCGUGUCAACAAUAUCCAUGCCUUACGCUUGCAAAUUACUCUUCCAAGAGCUACAGUCGAUGAACAUAGUGCCAAGACUGACCCUGAAAAAUUACUGCGACUGA